CUGCUACUCAGUGCUCAUGAAAAGUAUCGAUAUUCUGCACUCGGUAAUCGUGUCGUUCAAUCAGUAUGAAUAUCUAGUGUAGAAGUUAAUACACUUGGAUUUUAGUUGGUAAUGUCAUCUGAGUUAAAAUCGAAAGUAGUUGGGCUAUACAAGCAUCUGCAGUACUUGGGUAGGGAAUUUCCCGGCCCAAAUGGACCAGAAAAAAUCAGGCAGCAGAUACGCGAUGCUUUUCUGAAGAAUAAGUAUGAAGCGGACCCGAAGAAGAUAAUGGCUUUAGUAGCACAUGGACGAUAUGUAGCUAAGGAAGUGGAGGCUCUUUAUUCUCUGAAGAAGUAUAGGGCUAUGAAGCGUUAUUAUGACUAAACGAGUUCGUGUGAAAGUGAACCAAUGCCAUAACUUAAAUUGUGUGCUUCUCUAGUAUCACCUAUCGUGUUAUUACAAUAUAGGCUGCAUUCUAAAAGUUCAAAAUACAAAG